UUAGCUAUCGAGGGAGCUCGAAGAAGAUUAGAAAGGACCGCUCUUAUCUUCUGAUUUUUCUUCCCCUUCGGCGUUGGUUCUUCCUAUCAACAGCAGCGGGCCGACAAAUGCGAAUGACAGCCUGCCUUGAGAUACCGUUCGACAAAUGUGAAUCAAAAGACGGAACUGGGUGAUCCGACAGAAAGGGCGAGGAUAAAAAAAACGAAGGGAGGAUGGAGAAGGACAACGCGAGACAUUACAGAGCUUACGAGGGCUUCAAGCCCGCGAAUAAUGGCAAUACAUCGUCCCUGAAGAGGUCGACGUCGGACCGCUCGAAAACUCAUCCAUCGAGACAAGUGAGGUGUCUCUGCUUCGGCGGGGUGCCGGACAAGGCCAGCCAGCACUCCUUCUUGAAGGGUUUUGUUAUAAACCUCGGGAUAUGCGCCCUCCUCGUGGGGUACACUUUACUGGGCAGCUUCAUCUUCCUCGCUAUCGAAGGCGGCAGCGACGUCGGGAUACAACAAAGGACGCUUGCCACUACAAUAGGGGGGAAUCAGCCUACUGGCCGGAACGCUACCGCUUGGCUGAAGCAGGUCAAUUACGAGGCAAGGACGAAGACCGUGGAAAACAUAUGGAUAAUCACGGAGAGUUUGAACAUCCUUUACCGUGAGAAUUGGACGAGACUGGCCGCUCAGGAAAUCGCACGUUUCCAGGAUCAACUAGUGAAGAGGAUCACUGAGGACAUGAUGGCGAACCAGAACGUCGGCACCUAUGUCGGAGGUUCCUCCAGCGAUCCUGUCACCGAACGACGGGCACCGGAGUACGAGUGGACCUUCGCCAAAGCGUUUUUGUACUCUCUCACGGUGCUGACUACGAUCGGCUGCGGCAGCAUAGCGCCAAAAUCUACAUGGGGGAAGAUCGCAACCAUGGGUUACGCCAGCCUUGGAAUCCCGCUAACUCUGGUUUACCUGUCAAGUGCUGGAGGUCUCUUAUCCAGGUGUGCCAGAGGUGUCUUUACACGCGCUCUUUGUUGCUGCCUUUGCUCAAACUGCGGCUAUUGUUGCUACGAUGAACGACGAAUGGAAGAGAAAGAGAGGCGGAUGAGGAAGAAGCGUCAGCAAGAGGAACUGGUGCAGCAGCAGCAGCAACAAUUGCAGUUGCAGGAGCCCUUUUACGUCCGCGCGAAUGCGUCAACGUUCACGAGCACAGUGGAAAUUAAAGCCAGCCCGAAGGACGAGGUGUCGAGUCUUGGCUCCGGUGACAGGCCCAACGUUACCAUACUCGCACCAAUCAGCAUUUGUCUCGGCGCAAUGGUUUGCUACAUCGUGGCAGGCGCUUUUACUCUGCACAAGUUAGACGGCUGGUCCUUUGUGGAUGCAAGCUACUUCUGCUUCAUGAGCCUGAGCACGAUCGGGUUCGGCGAUAUGGUUCCCGGUUCCUACCCCCGCCAAAGCCUUUACGAGUCGAAGAACGUAACCAUUUGGUUCUGCUCCUGCUACAUAAUGUCCGGAAUGGCGCUCACGGCGAUGUGCUUCAACAUCCUCCACGACGAGAUCGUCCACAGGCUUAGCCAUCAGGUGGAGAAGCAAGAGACUGUGAAAGCCAGCCCUAGCGUGGACGAGCUGUCGACGGAUCCUUUCGCGUUGACCUCGUGACAAUUUCCGUCUGGCAACCUGUGCCACAGGAACGGCACCGACGAGAACGACAUAUGUGGAACAGAACCGCCUACAAGCCUGUUCGCCCACGAGAACGAAAUCAAUAUCCUAAAGGACUCUUUCAAUCAAGUAGACGUCACCAGAGACUGCAAGCCGAUCUUGAAGCUCGAGGAUCACGUACCGCCGAUUCCUAGUGUUUACAUGUUGCCCAAGGUCGACGAGGAGGCCGAAGAGAACACCGAGAUGUAAAACUCUGUCGUCCCCUGGUCGACAAAAUUGACUCGAUGAGCCUUGUAAUCGAGUGAAGGACAGGUUCGCGAACCUGCCGGACACG